UGUGACAAAAACAAUAUGGCGGCAGGCACGAAGUGUUAGCAGGGAGCGUUUACUUUGAGGAAAAGCUGUCUAUCAGCUCCACAUCUACACAACGAGGAACAGAUUUUGAUCUUCUAAAAUGAUAGUUUUAGGAAAAUACAUUCUAUUGCUAUGUGGUACUGUGUUUCUGCUGUCUAGCUGUCAAGCCAGUCCACUAUGGUACCAAAGACAUGAUCCACAUAUACCAUCAAAAAGACUCUUUAGAGAAUUUCUUCCGAAGUUUAGCGAAACUUUCACCCAAAAGUUGCCUAUAGGCAUGAUAGGUACUGAGCAUAGCUCACUGCUACAUUCGACUGAAUGUGAAAUAUGCAAGUUGUCAGUCGGCUGGGCGCAAGUCUACUUUAAGCAGGGACACACUAAGGCACAAGUUGCAGAUUUAUUGACAAAAGUUUGCAUCGACCUUGGUCUGCAGGAUGACAGAGUGUGUAUUGCAAUUGUACAGGAGUUUCAGAAUGAAGUCUUGACAGUCAUAGAUAAGUUGGUGUUAAAACCUGACGAAAUUUGUGGAACACUCUUUGGUUCAACAUGUGGAACCCCUUACAAUCCCCUGGAGAACUGGAAUGUGACACUACCGAGUACCCCAAAACCACCAGUAGUACCUCCCAAACCACCGUCUCCGGGAUCCCCCAAACUGCGAGUACUGCAUAUCUCCGACAUCCACUUUGACUCCCUCUACCAGCCUGGAGCCAGGGCAGAGUGUAAGGAGCCACUCUGUUGCCGUGCCGACGAUGGAAAACUGGAUCCAGGAGAGAUGGGGGCGGGGCAGUGGGGAGACUACAGGAACUGUGACACACCCUUGUCGACCCUAGAGAACCUGUUUGAGCAUCUGCAGAACAAGUCUACAGAGUACGACUAUGUCAUGUGGACAGGCGACCUCCCAGCUCAUGACAUCUGGAACCAAUCUAGAGAUGAUCAGUUGUCUGCCAUUGACAGACUCACCAAGCUCUUCAAGAAGUACUUCCCGAAGAAAACCAUCUACUCAUCACUGGGUAACCAUGAGAGUUCUCCAGUCAACAGUUUUCCUCCUCCGUUCAUUACCAACAACAACUCCAUCUCCUGGUUGUACGACGCCAUCGCCGACAGCUGGCUCAACUGGUUACCUCAGGAUACCAAGGCAACCAUCAAACUAGGCAGCUUCUAUGAGGUGUCCCCCUAUCCAGGCUUGCGCAUCGUGUCCGUCAAUACCAACUACUGCAACAACCAGAACUGGUGGCUGCUACUAAACACGACUGACCCAGCCGGCCAGCUACAGUGGCUGGUAGAUGUGCUGCAGGAUGCUGAGAAGAAGAAGGAGAAGGUACAUAUUCUGGGUCACAUGCCUCCUGGUAUCAAGGAAUGUUUGAAGGCUUGGAGCUGGAACUACUACAACAUUGUAAACAGAUUUGAAAGUACUAUUGCUGCCCAGUUUUUUGGGCACACUCACCGAGAUGAAUUUGAAGUGUUUUAUGACAAUGUGAACUUCACUCGCCCAGUCAGCAUGGCAUACAUCGUGCCAAGCAUCACACCAUACCCCGACUUGAACCUGGGCUACAGGAUCUAUGAGCUGGAUGCAAACUACUCCGGAUGUUCCUGGAGUGUGUUGGAUCAUGAGACAUAUAUCCUGAACUUGACCCAGGCUAACACAGCAAGCAGUCCACCCCAGUGGCAGCUGGAAUACACAGCCAAGAGCACAUACAACAUGGAGUCACUGUAUCCCAAAGAUUGGAAUAAGCUCAUCUAUCAAAUGAGAGACAACGCCACACUGUUCCAGACUUAUUACAGCCUGUACUACAAAUCUCAUCCCACUGAUGCCUGUGAUGACAAAUGUCGCAGAGACUUGCUGUGUGCCCUCAAGUCUGGACGGUCAUCUGACCAACAGUUGUGUUCUGACCUCUAGAUGCUGACCACUCAAUGUCUCAGGAAGGUCAAGGUCACCAGUGGUUCAAGCAGUCACAUACACAUACAUACAAAAAAAAGUAUAAAAAUUGAAAAAUCUAUCAGAAUCUUUCUAAUAAUCAAAUCAGCACUGAUUACACGUAACACAAUCAGACGACAAAUCUAUUGCUGUUUGAGUUUCUCAGAAGGAUUACCAACCUGAAAAGCUAGUUAAUUUAGCCUGGGGAGAGGGUUGAAAGCCCUUAUAGUUGCUCAAUCGAUUUUGAUUUCCAUUCGUGAAAAGUUUGCUUCCAGAAAACAUGUCAUGAAAGAAAGGGAUCAUGCAUUCCUGUUAUUUGGAGCACAUUAAAAUAGUUUGUUACCUACUCUUUUGAGCAGGGUGGUCGGCUAGCCUAGUGGUUAAAGCGUUCGCUCGUCACGCCGAAGAGUCGGGUUCGAUUCCCGACAUGGGUACAAUGUGUGAAGCAAAAAGCGACAUAAAACCAUACUCACUCACUCACUACUCUCUUGAGCUCCAUUUAAUGUUAAUGCCCUCAUGGCAGUCAAGGAUUAGGAUACGCCACCAUCUUAUAUCAAUAACAAAUACAAGGGCUUGUAGGUUUGAUCCAGAGAACAAUUGUUUUCAAAUAAUUCAUGUAAAUUAUUUAUUCAAAUUAAAUUAUUUAAGUGAACAAGGAUACUCAUCUGCUGAAAGUCAUUUUGAAGGAACCAGUUUCUGUUUAUGACAGACUCUUUGUAGUCAGAACUAUGUGCCUGAAUGUGAUAGCAAUGGUGUAUAUGUGAUAAUGUACAUAAAGCUAUACACAUUUGUUCAAAGAACCUCCACAUAAACAUUUAGUUUGUAUUUAUAGAACUUGCAUGAAAGCUAUGAAUUAGGGUGUUGUUUCAGUUUCUUCAGAGCUCCAGAUAAGCUUUUGGUGUUGUGGGUAUUUUACCCAUGCAUUUUAAAAUCAUUGAGUAUCAGUAAUUCUAUCUGGGUAUUCAAAUUUCUAUUACCCACUAGUUUUUACACAUGUG